AUUUCAGAAAAAAAUUGACUUCGAUGAAGAUGAGCCUUCCCGAGUAUACAAUUUGGCUUUUCAUCUCAGCUCUUGCAACGAUUGUCACAGCCUAUGCAUCUACAGGCGUUCAAAGCUCUACACCAGUAAAUUCGGGAUACACAAUUGAUGGCAGAGCAUUGAUGCCGGGCAUUCCUGCAUCCGAUUGGGUGAGCACCGCAAAAGUCAAUGUGAACGGUGAUGCAUAUCAGGGCUUCUUCAGAUCAGACGGCACGUUUACCGUAUCGAAUGUCCCCUCAGGAUCAUAUAUCGUGGAAAUAGUUUCUACAAAGUUUUUGUUCCCGCCUGUAAGAGUUGACAUCACAAGCAAAGGCAAGAAGAGGGCGAGGAAGUUGGAUUUGAUAUCACCCAAUGUGGUUGAUGAAGACUUUUAUCCCCUGAAGAUAAAAGCACUUGGGCCUGCAGUUUAUUUGAAGAAACGGGAGCAAUUCCGAGUUCAAGAUGCGCUUAUGAAUCCGAUGGUAUUGAUGGUGGUGCUGCCGUUCAUUCUAAUGAUGGUAAUUCCUAAGUUGAUCAACACCGAUGAUCCCGAAAGGAAACAGGAAAUGCAAGAGACAAUGAGCAUGUUCAAUACAAAUCAGAACCAGCUGCCGGAUAUGGCGGAAAUGUUCACCAAUUUGUUCGGGGCAGGAUCCAACCAGCCCGGCAAGAAGCAAGUGGGAGGAGCAUCAAGUGGUUCAGCUUCAUCAGCGAAGACUAAGGCUAGAAAACCGGUAUCGAAGUAGAAGCAGCAAUACAUACUCCACUCGAACAAUGUACUUCUCACCGGCAAAGAACUAUACUCAGGCAUAUGAGCCACCUGGAACCAAUGAUACCAAAUUGAAAUGUUUCACUUGCAUAAAUUUGUCCCAUGCAUUUUUCCUUGUCC